GGCGCUGCGGGGCGCGCCGGGUGUGGAGCGCGCUGAGGAUCGAAAUACUUGCUAAACAGUGGACUCAGAGACUGUUAAAAACAAACUCUACUGGAACAUCAUUUUACUGGUUAACCAGUUGCUGAUGUAUAUUCAAGAUGAGUGGAUUAGGAGAAAACUCUUUGGAUCCAUUGGCCACUGACUCACGAAAGCGCAAGUUGCCAUGUGAUACUCCAGGGCAGGGUCUUACCUGCAGUGGUGAAAAGUGGAGAAGAGAACAGGAGACUAAAUAUAUCGAAGAAUUGGCUGAGCUGAUAUCUGCAAAUCUUAGUGAUAUCGACAAUUUCAACGUCAAACCAGAUAAAUGUGCGAUUUUAAAGGAAACAGUAAGACAGAUACGUCAAAUCAAAGAGCAAGGAAAAGCUGUUUCUAGUGAUGAUGAUGUUCAGAAAGCUGAUGUAUCUUCUACAGGACAGGGAGUUAUUGAUAAAGACUCUUUAGGACCACUUUUACUUCAGGCAUUGGAUGGUUUCUUGUUUGUGGUGAAUCGAGAUGGAAGCAUUGUAUUUGUGUCAGAAAAUGUCACACAAUACUUGCAAUAUAAGCAGGAGGACCUGGUUAACACAAGUGUCUACAAUAUCUUGCAUGAAGAAGACCGAAAGGAUUUUCUUAAAAACUUACCAAAAUCUACAGUUAAUGGUGUUUCCUGGACAAAUGAGACCCAGAGACAAAAGAGCCAUACAUUUAAUUGUCGUAUGUUGAUAAAAACACAUGACAUUCUGGAAGACAUGAAUACCAAUCCUGAAAUGAACCAGAGAUAUGAAACGAUGCAGUGCUUUGCCCUGUCUCAGCCACGGGCUAUGAUGGAGGAAGGGGAAGAUUUGCAAUCCUGUAUGAUCUGUGUGGCACGCCGCAUUACUACAGGAGAAAGAGCAUUUCCAUCAAGUCCUGAGAGCUUUAUUACUAGACAUGAUCUUUCAGGAAAAGUUGUUAAUAUCGAUACAAAUUCACUAAGAUCCUCCAUGAGGCCUGGCUUUGAAGAUAUAAUCCGAAGGUGUAUUCAGAGGUUUUUUAGUCUUAAUGAUGGGCAGUCAUGGUCCCAGAAACGUCACUAUCAAGAAGCUUAUAUUCAUGGCCACGCAGAAACCCCAGUGUAUCGCUUUUCAUUGGCUGAUGGAACUAUAGUGACUGCCCAAACAAAAAGCAAACUCUUCCGAAAUCCUGUAACAAAUGAUCGUCAUGGUUUUGUCUCAACUCAUUUUCUUCAGAGAGAACAGAAUGGGUAUAGAUCAAAUCCAGGUCCUGUAGGACAAGGCGUUAGACCUCCUGCUGCUGGAUGCAACAGUUCAGUAGGCAGCAUGAGCAUGUCACCAAAUCAAGGCUUACAGAUGUUGAGCAGCAGGGCCUAUGGCUUGGCAGACCCCAGCACCACAGGGCAGCUGAGCGGAGCUAGGUAUGGGGCUUCCAAUAACAUUGCUUCACUGACAGCCGGACCAAGCAUGCAGUCACCGUCUUCCUACCAAAACAACAACUAUGGGCUCACCAUGAGUAGUCCUCCACAUGGUAGUCCUGGUCUUGGCUCCAACCAGCAGAACAUUAUGAUUUCACCUCGUAAUCGUGGGAGUCCAAAGAUGGUGUCACAUCAGUUUUCUCCUGUUGCAGGAGUACACUCUCCCAUGGGAUCUUCUGGCAGUACAGGAAGCCACAACUUUUCCAGCAGCUCUCUCAGUGCCCUGCAAGCCAUUAGUGAGGGUGUGGGGACUUCUCUUUUAUCUACUUUGUCUUCACCAGGACCCAAACUGGAUAAUUCUCCAAAUAUGAAUAUAACCCAACCAAGUAAAGUGAGCAGUCAGGAUUCUAAGAGUCCUUUAGGCAUGUAUUGUGACCAGAAUCCAGUGGAGAGUACAAUGUGUCAGUCAAAUAGCAGAGAUCACCUCAAUGACAAAGAAAGUAAGGAGAACAGUGGUGAAGGGGCAGAGAAUCAGAAGGGUCCUUUGGAAAGCAAAGGUCAUAAAAAAUUGCUGCAGUUACUCACCUGCUCUUCUGAUGACCGAGGCCAUUCUUCCUUGACCAACUCCCCCUUAGAUUCAGGUUGUAAAGACUCUUCUGUUAGUGUCACCAGCCCCUCUGGAGUCUCUUCCUCAACAUCUGGAGGUGUUUCCUCCACGUCCAGCAUGCAUGGUUCACUGUUGCAAGAGAAGCACCGGAUUUUGCAUAAGUUGCUGCAGAAUGGGAAUUCACCAGCUGAAGUAGCUAAAAUUACUGCAGAAGCUACUGGGAAAGACACCAGCAGUACAAUUGCUUGUGGUGAAGGAACUGUCAAGCAGGAGCAGCUGAGUCCUAAGAAGAAGGAGAAUAAUGCACUUCUUAGAUAUUUGCUGGAUAGGGAUGAUCCCAGUGAUACACUCUGUAAAGAAGUACAGCCCCAAGUUGACGGGAUGGAUAAUAAAACGAGUCAGUGCAGCAGCUCCUCCAUUCCCAGCUCAACUCAAGAGAAAGACCGUAAAAUUAAGACGGAAACAAGUGAAGAGGGAUCUGGAGACUUGGAUAAUCUAGAUGCUAUUCUUGGUGAUCUGAGUAGUUCUGAUUUUUACAAUAAUCCUGUAUCAACAAAUGGUAGUCAUUUGGGGAGCAAGCAACAAAUGUUUCAAGGAACUACUUCUCUGGGUAAAGGUUUGAGAAGUCCACAACCUGUGCAGUCCAUUCGUCCUCCAUAUAGCCGAGCAGUGUCUCUAGAUAGCCCUGUUACUGUUGGCUCAAGUCCUCCAAUAAAGAAUAUCAGCGCUUUUCCCAUGUUACCAAAGCAUCCCCUAUUGGGUGGGACUCCAAGAAUGAUGGAUAGUCAGGAAAAUUAUGGCUCAAACAUGGGUGGACCAAACAGAAAUGUAACUGUGAGCCAGGCUCCUACCUCAGGAGACUGGGGCUUACCAAAUUCAAAGGCCAGCAGAAUGGAACCUAUGAGUACAAACUCUAUGGGAAGGCCAGGAGGAGAUUACAGUGCUUCUUUACCCAGACCUUCAGUGGGAAGUGCUGUGCCAGUCUUGCCUCUUCGGUCAAAUAGCAUACCGGGUGCAAGGCCAAUGUUGCUGCAGCAGCAUCAGCAGCAUCAGCAGCAGCAGCUUCAGAUGAAGCCUGGUGAGAUUCCCAUGGGAAUGGGGAUCAAUCCCUAUGGCCAAGCAGCACCAUCUAGUCAACCAGGUUCCUGGCCAGAUGGCAUGCUGUCCAUGGAACAAGGCCCUCAUGUGACUCAAAAUAGACCAAUUCUUAGGAAUUCUCUGGAUGAUCUCCUUGGGCCACCUUCUAACCUGGAAGGCCAGAGUGAUGAAAGAGCUCUGUUGGACCAGCUGCACACACUCUUGAGCAACACGGAUGCAACAGGACUGGAAGAAAUUGACCGAGCUUUGGGCAUACCGGAACUUGUGAAUCGGGGACAAGCUUUGGAGCCAAAACAGGAUUCUUUCCAAGGCCAAGAAGCAGCAGUAUUGAUGGAUCAGAAGGCAGCCUUGUAUGGGCAGACAUACCCAACACAGGGGCCUCCACUGCAGGGAGGCUUUAAUCUCCAGGGACAGUCGCCGUCUUUUAACUCCAUGAUGAAUCAGAUGAGCCAGCAAGGCAAUUUUCCUCUCCAAGGAAUGCAUCCUAGGGCCAACAUUAUGAGACCUAGAACAAACACCCCAAAGCAACUUAGAAUGCAGCUUCAACAGAGACUGCAGGGCCAACAGUUCUUGAAUCAGAGCCGGCAGGCACUUGAAAUGAAGAUGGAGAACCCCACUGCUGGUGCUGCUGCAGUGAUGAGUCCUAUGGUGCAGCCCCAGGUGAGCUCCCAGGGUUUUCUUAAUGCCCAGAUGGUUGCCCAGCGUAGCAGAGAGCUGUUAAGUCAUCACUUUCGACAACAGAGGGUGGCGAUGAUGAUGCAGCAGCAGCAGCAGCAGCAGCAGCAGCAGCAGCAGCAGCAUCAGCAGCAACAGCAACAGCAGCAGCAGCAGCAGCAGCAGCAGCAGCCACCGCCCGCAGCCCAGCAGCAAAGCCAGGCCUUCAGCCCACCUCCAAAUGUGACUGCUUCUCCCAGUAUGGAUGGCGUUUUGGCAGGGCCUGCAAUGCCACAGGCUCCACCACAGCAGUUUCCAUACCCACCAAAUUAUGGAAUGGGACAACAGCCAGAUCCAGCCUUUGGUCGAGUGCCCAGUCCUCCUAAUGCAGUGAUGUCAUCAAGGAUGGGUCCACCCCAGAACCCCAUGAUGCAGCACCCACAGACUGCACCCCUGUAUCAGUCCUCAGAAAUGAAGGGCUGGCCAUCAGGAAACAUGGCCAGAAACAGCUCCUUCCCCCAGCAGCAGUUUGCUCACCAGGGGAAUCCUGCAGCCUAUAGUAUGGUGCACAUGAAUGGCAGCAGCGGUCACUUGGGACAGAUGAACAUGAACUCCAUGCCCAUGUCGGGGAUGCCCAUGGGUCCUGAUCAGAAAUAUUGCUGACAUCGCCAUAUCUGGACCACUAAGGAAAUCACUGUACAAAUGCUACUGCUGUAGGAUUAUUGGGAGGUAAAGAAUCAUUGUCCAGGCAUCCACUUGUGGAGUGAGGACCAGCUUUGAUCUCCAUCAGGGAUAUUUCAAGUUAUGUCAUUUGAGCAGGACUAAAUCUUAAGCUCAAGCGCAGUAUCUUUUUUUGUUGUUGUUUUCCUCCUGUACUUUGGUAUAUCAUGGUGUUCAAAACAGAGUAUUUUUGACAUUCUGCCUCCUAGGAAUGUGAUCACAAUAUUCUCCUAUGUUACUUCCUUCUGCCUUGCUAGCCAAAGUCUUUCAGCUAAAUGUCGGUGGUCUGGAGAGAUCAGAACAUCUCUGUCUCUAGUUAUAAUAUUGGACAGAGAGCAUAGUCCCAGCCUUCAAGUGUUUUGUUCCAUAUAGUAAUUCUACGCUGCUCUUUAUGCAGUGGAUUUGGUGUUUCUGAGUUUUUGUCCUUUGCUGAUUGAGUUGCUCUGUCCCUAGUUUUUAUUGUCCUAGGCCUUCUCCUUAUGAACCUUUUCAUUGGGCUCUAAGGUCCUGUGAUGACUUCACUUCCAGGGCUUGUUAUUGAUGUCCAGUAGCUUUGAAGAAGGGAAAAUGAGAUGACAGUAUUUAAUUGCAUCGGUGGCAGUUUUUUGUAUGCUAACGUGCAGCUGAGUGCACUUUAAGUAAAUAAGUAAUGGAUAAAUGCAAUAUUCUUGAGGUCUUGAGCAAUGGUGAACCACAUUCCUGGUUUUUGUCUACACUAAUCUGUUGGACAAGAACUAUGAUUAUUAUUAUUAUUUUUAAAGUACUGGUGUCACCCUUUGCCUAUAUGGUAGAGCAAUAAUGCUUUUUGAAGAUAAACUUCUGAAACUCUUAAGGCCAGGUACUGCCUUCUGAAUCAGAAGUUUGCAGUGUUUCUGUGAAUAAUUUUUGUAAAUAUGACCCAUUAAGAUAUUGUAUUAUGUAAAAUAUGUAUAUACCUUUUUUUUGUAGGUCACAACAACUCAUUUUUACAGAGUUUGUGAAGCUGAAUAUUUAACAUUUGUCAAUUUUAGUAAGCUCUGUGGUGAGGAUUUGAACUAGAUCCCUGAAUCACCUGGGUGUGUGGGUGGAGGGGACGAUAAGGGUCUAGCUUUUCCUCUCCCCCAGCAUUAGAUGCCUCACUCUUUUCAUUCUCUCAAUCUAAAUGCUUUUUAAAGAGAUCAUUUGUUUAGAUGUGAGCAUUUAAAUUUAUUUUUAAUUCCUCUGUCCAAGAACUAAGCACUUUGUUAAUUUGGGGGGAAUGAAUAGAUAUGGAGAAAAAAAAAAUCAGUAACUUGAAGAAAAUCAAUUUGAUUUAAAGAAAAUCUUCUGGAUUU